AUGUCAUCUGAUGAUGAACAGGGCUUUGGGGAUCUCUUCGCCUCUGCAGAGGAGACCGUGCCCGUCUACCCUAUUGAGGAACUCCACGUGGAUCGCAUGCAAUUGCAGUGUGAGGGAAGUACAAACCCGGGAUUCACAACACAUUUAGAAGCAUUUGACCACCCCACACCGCAGGACCGCACAGAUUUACCGUUAACUCCUCUUAAAGUAUAUUUCCGCAAUAAACGUCAUAGUCUUUGGGGACACAGAUUAUGGAAUGCAGCGAAGUAUAUGGUUAAACGUAUGGAUACUCAAAUGAUUGAUGUUCGUGGAAAGACAGUAUUGGAACUUGGUGCUGGUCUUGGUGUACCCUCAUUAGCCGCAUUUCGUAAUGGAGCCCGUUGUGUGGUUGUCACAGAUUAUCCAGAUGAGGAUUUACUUGAGAUUCUUGAGAUGAAUGUAAAGGCGAAUUGUACCCCAGACUUGCUGGAUAACGAUGCUUCUUCCUUUUUAUUAAAAGAAGCAGAACGACGUAAGGCGAUGUGGUCUACCGUAAAUGAUAAGAAUAAGGAUGAUAAUAACAAUACAAAAGAAAGUCUACUGGAUGAGGUGGAGCGGCAAAGGGCAACACAGACACAUUGUGUAGUGGAACCUUUAUUAUGGGGUAAAGAGGAACAUAUACGAAAAGUAUUAUCCUACACGGGUGGUGCUGGUUUUGAUAUUGUGAUAUUAUCUGAUAUUCUCUUUAAUCACUUUUGUAAUGAUGAUCUUGCUGAUACAUUAGCGCGAGUACUGCAGCGUAGUCGUAAUUCCGCCGCCUACUGUGUCUUCUCCCACCAUCGUGCACAUAAACAAGUGGAGGAUUUACAAUUCUUUGAUAAGUGUGUUGCUCGUGGUUUGCGAUAUGAACAAUUAGAUGAGGAAUCAUACCCAAUGAUGUUCCCAGAUGACCGUGGACCAGAGGAGAUUCGACAACCCGUGCGAGUUUAUAAAAUUAUUCACUACUUUGAUGCUGCCGGUGCGGCCUUUCCUCCUGGUGAAGAUAUCUUUGAUGUUGUCCUGCACGGCACGGGUGUGGUGGAGUCGAUGUUGUCUGCGGCUCUCGCACGGUGUGGGGUGCGGGUUUUACACUGCGAUGGACAAGAAGACUACGGAGGUGUAUUCAAGACGCUUAAUAUUAAACAAAUGCGGGAGUAUUUGGCAGUAAGAGGUGUGGAAGAAGAAGAAGAAGAAAAGGAGGAAAAGAGGGAUAUACACAUAAUGGUGGAUCGUAUGGAUGAAAUAGAGAGUCGUAUACGUGGGAAAUAUUUAUUAGAUCUUCUCCCUACACAUUAUCUCUCUAAUGGUGAAACUGUACAACAAUUGAUUAAAUCGGAUAUGGCACGUCAUUUGGAAUUUUGUUGUGUUUCUGGAUUUACCUUUUUAAUGCCCUUAUCCUCCAAACCAGAUAAUGAUAAUAAUGGGUUUGGAUUACAGAGUAUUCCUCUCACCCGAUCACAGGUGUUUGUAGAUGAUCGAAUGAGUCUUAUACAAAAAAGACGUUUAAUGAAGUUUGUAAAGGAUGUAGAAGCCACAUUAGCAGAACAAACACAUGCACGAACGGCAGAAACAGGAGAUGAUCCCUAUUCCCAAGCCGCAGUGGAACAUGCACGGGCAGUGGUAGAAGCCGCAGUGGCUCGAUUUGCAGAAGAGGCAAUGAAACAUCCAGAGGAAACAUUAAGUAUGAUGUUGGAGCGGAAGUAUGGAAUUGCAGAGGCCGCAGCGGAUAUAGUUACAUUAAUGCAGCAAUUGGAUAUCACACCGCCGGAUGUUGUGCGUUCAGUUUCAUUGGUUCGACAUGUACUCACAUCUUGUGGGGCUUUUGGUGGGGAAACACCGUUUCUACAAGCCAUGUAUGGUGCUGCUGAGAUUCCACAGAAUAUGUGUCGCAUUGCAGCUGUGUGGAAUGCGGUAUUUGUACUUCGUCGUGGGCUUCAUCGUGUGGUACCAAGUGGAUAUAAGCAGCAUAAUAAUAAUAAUAAUAAUAAUAAUAAUAAUAAUAAUAAUAAUAAUAAUAAUAAUAAUAAGAGUGAUAUGAUUGAACAGGUUAAUUAUCCAUGUGUGGAGCUAAGUAAUCUUCAACGUAUAAAGACCAAGGUAGUGGUACUUCCUCAGAUCAUCGCUAAUCGCUUUACAUCUCUGUCUUCCGAUACGAUGAAUAAUAAAGAUAAGAAUAUUAACAAUGGAGUGUGCUUCUCUCGUGUUAUAAUGAUUGCAAGAAAACCAUUAGUAACCUGGGCAGAGCUGCGUGCAUCUGGGUGUAUAAAGACAACAACAACAACGGAGAAUGAUAAUAGUGAAGAUAUUAAUGAAAAAUCACCUCCGAUUGUAUUUGCCUUGUGUAGAGCGAAACCCGGUGCUGUCGUACACGUUCAGCAAUUAAGUGCGGCAUCAGAACAGGCACCUAAUGAUAAUACUUCCGUUAUUAUUCAUUUCACAGUAAAUGAAGAGGAAAUGACAGCAGUGGAAUUGCGGGAAUUCGUUAAGCAAAGAUUUGUAAAACAACAUGCAGAGUCUUCUACGGUGAAACCCCAUUCAUCUGGUGUAGGCAUAGAUGAAAGUGAUGUGAUCUUCUUUGCCUCCUUUGUUUUACGGGAACGAGAAGAGGCAGAACGUAGUCGUGUGGCCGCUAAUAAUAAUAAUAAUAAUAAUAAUAAUAAUAAUAAUAAUAAUAAUAAUAAUAACGCCAAUGUGAGUGAAACGUGUAGGGCUCAUCCAUACGCUGUGGAAGAGUACCGCAAACGUCAAGAACAACAUCAAAGAGAACAAGAACACCUACUAGAGGAAGAUAAAGAAAAAGACGGUUCGAGUAAAGAUAAUAUUAAUAAUGAUAAUAAAGAUAAUGAAGAUGAGGAGGAUGAGGACUCUUGUGUAGUAGUGCCAGUGCCAACAUUAUUUCAGAAUCUCAUCGACGAUGGCGCCUACGUGGAAGCCGCACGGAAGGCAUUUUAUACAAUCAUGUCGAAAUUGCAAAAACCGCAAGAAGAAGGCAAAUCCUACGAAUUUCUUGAGAGACUGCCCCCAGUUAAUGCUGAGAAUGCAUGA